UCCCGUGUUUGAGUUAGCCGGGCCCCCGCCUGUACUGUGGGAGCCCCUCACCCCUGGCCUGGACCCUGUCUCCCCCUCACCCCGCCUGGUGCUGCUGCACCCGGCUCUGUCUCUGCUGGCCGAGGAUGAUGUGGCAGUGCCAUGUGUCGUCCUCUGAGUGCCGCUGCUACCGGCUGAACGGCUUCUCCCUGCUGAAGCGCUUCCCUCUCUCGGCAGAUGGGGCCUGUGGUAAAGCCCUGGACCAGCCGGUGGGCGAGUGGCUGGAGCAUGUGGGGCUGCCGCAGUACGAGAGCAAGUUCCUGCUCAACGGCUUCGAUGACCUACGAUUUAUGGGAAGUAACGUGAUGGAGGACCAGGACCUCAGAGACAUGGGGAUCACUGAUCCAGGACACAGGAAGAAAAUCCUCCACGCGGCACGCAACCUUCCAAAGGUUAAAGCAAUGGGCUGUGACGGCAGCACCUCUCUCGCCUCCUGGUUGGACGGCCUCGGCCUUCAUGAAUAUCUGCUCAACUUUCUGACAAGUGGCUACCGUACGCUUGACUGUGUUAAAAACCUGUGGGAACUGGAGAUAAUUAACGUUAUUAAGGUCGGUCCCCUGGGUCACAGGAAGAGGAUCAUUGCCUCUCUAGCAGAGCGACCCUACGAGGAGGCGCCAUCUAAGUCCAGCCGUCUCUCCCCAAUUAUGUUCCACGACCUCCUGUCCCAGUCUACGUCCCCCCUGGGUCAGACGGACCCUUACACCAGCCGGUCCAUGGACAUGCUCUUACCCCUGACUGAGCUGGAGCGCAGGACUCGCCGAGGACUCGACCAGAACUGUAACACAUCGCUGCGCUCAUUUAGUGAGCGGCCACGCUCUGUUGACAGACAUAGCGAAAGACACAAAGAGUCCCGUUUCCACCUUCGGCCACCGAGCCACCACACUGCUACCUACGCCACUGUGUCCGCAUGGCAUCACCAGCCUGAGAAACUCAUCCUGGACUCCUGCGGGUAUGAGGCAACUUACCUCGGAUCAAUGAUAAUCAGGGAUCUGCGAGGGAUCGAGUCCACACAAGAUGCCUGUGCUAAAAUUAGAAAAUCAAAGGAUUCAAGAAAAGGUCCAGUUGUCAUUCUGUCCAUCACCUACAGAGGGGUCAAGUUCAUCGAUGCAGCCAUGAAGACCAUCGUCGCAGAACACGAGAUCAGGAAUAUCUCUUGUGCGGCCCAGGAUCCAGAUGAUCUCUGCACUUUUGCUUACAUCACAAAGGAUUUGAAGAGCGGUCACCACUUUUGUCAUGUCUUCAGCACUGUGGAAGUGACACAGACUUACGAGAUCAUCCUCACUCUGGGACAGGCAUUUGAGGUGGCCUAUCAGAUGGCGGUCCAGUCCAGGGCCAGGCACUACAUCCAACCUUCAUCUCUGGGCUCGGAGUUCAUAGAAACCAAAACCAGCCGUCCCGUAUCUCAAGCGUGGGGCAGCGUGCGGAGAUCGGCAGUCCUCCUACUUCCCAGGGUGCACCUCUGCUCGAAUGCCGCUGCUGUCACUGUCACACGUGUACUACCCACCGUCCUUCCUUCCUCCCGUUGCACUCUGUUAGCCCCGGAGUCCAGAUCGACCCCCUGGAGAUGGACGCAGACAUGCACUCCCUGGGCAGCACCACCUGGCUUUUGGACCAGCGGGACUCCAAAAGACGCCCCGUCAGCACCAAGUAUGAGACCACCAUAUUCUGAGGCCGGAUCCCCUACAGUCGCCCCUGUGCAUCACUCCGCUCUACUUUCCCCUUUGCAUCGUUGGGCCUCCUCCUACUCCUCUUUGCACACACUGAAACACACACACAUACAUAUACACAUGCAUACACACAAGCCCCGUGCCUUCUCACUGUGAUGGUAUAGCAUCCCUCAGGGCUGCCUACUCCUGCACCCUCCUUUGCCCUGCCCAGCACCCCGCUCCGACACUCCCGCAGUCCUCCCGUGCCUCCCGACACCCCUGGCAGCCUCCCUGACCUGUUGCUGCUGCAUCCGACGGUGGAUGUGGAUCCCUGGAACAGAUGAUCCUGGACUGAUCUCAUAUUUGCAGUGGUCCUGCUCUGUCAACCAAACUGCCUCUUCCUCAUCAUGACAACUUGCAUCUGCUUCCAGCCCCCCCGAUAGCCCCCAGAGGUUGCAACUCUGUUAUUCUUCCUCAUUCAGGACACUUUGAAUUUAUUUUUGGCAAGAAAAAAAAAAAAAAAAAAAGAUGCAAGCAUGUUCAUUUUUAUUUUAACACUGUAUCUAAACAUCUAUGUUGGCUUGACCCCCGAACAUCAACUUUAGACUAUUUAAAUAAAGAACAGUUAGGUUGAUCAUUUUUACGAUAAAGCCUUCAUGUAAUAAUACCACAAGGCUAUUUUGAUAUCAGAUUUUUUUAAGCUACUUUUUACUAUCAGUUUGUUUAUAAUUUACUGAAUUAUUUAAUGUUUUGGUUGUUUCGCCUGAAGACAGUUUUGUUUUUGUUUUGUUUUUUUCUUUUCUUCAUCUGUAGCCUGUCCUGUCUUACCAGGCAUCUACCACUGUGAGGCGCUAUGUGGAGGCUGCUUUGCUAGCAUGGGAUGCAAGACGGACACUUAAAUCGAAGAAAGACAAAACAGCAACAUGCAGCAAACAACCUUUGCUUUUUGUUUUUCUACACAUAUGUACAAUAGUCAUAUAACACGACGGAUCGAGCACUGAUGUCUGAACUCAAACGGACCAAGACCUGAACCAGGGGGGCGCAAAUAAGAGGAC